AUGAAGUUCUCCCUCGCCAUCCUAUCACUCUUCCUGAGUACGCUGGUCGCAUCAGUGGACUUAUCGUUCUUCCCAGGAGGCCAAAAGGUCCUCGACGAUAAGGGAGAAGCUGUUCCCGGCGAGAACCCCCUCACCUUCUGCAAAGCCGAUCAUGGCGACGAUAUCCUUGAGCUGGAGCACAUUAAUCUGACCCCAAAUCCCCCUCUUAAAGGAAACACGCUCACGAUCGAAGCUGUUGGAACACUAAAGGAAAAGGUUGAGGAGGGCGCAUAUGUGAUUCUGCAGGUCAAGUAUGGCUUGAUUAGACUUGUUAGCACGAAAGCAGAUCUCUGCGAGCAAGUCUCGAAUGUGGAUAUGGAAUGCCCGAUUGAGAAGGGUAAGGCGGUUAUUACGAAGGAUGUUGAGUUGCCAGGGGAGAUCCCACCUGGAAAAUACACCGUCUUUGCUGAUGCGUACACGGCGGAUGGUAAGAAGAUUGUCUGCUUGGAAGCUACUGUUCAGUUCGAUUGA